AUGACAAUCGUAAGUAGUCUAAUUAGAUUUUGUAGAACUAGAAAACUUCACACAAUUGUGUCAAAAGAGAUCAUCAAACCUUCUUCUCCAACCCCUUCUCACCUCAAAACAUACAAUCUUUCUGUUUUUGAUCAAAGUGUUUCAAGCACAUUUAUUCCAAUGGUUACAUUCUUCCCAAAUACCGGCAUUUAUGCCAGUUCUCAUGAGAAAAUAUCUCACCUAAAGAAUUCAUUUUCUCAAACACUUACAAAAUAUUACCCCUUUGCUGGAAGGCAUGCCAAGAUUGCCCCGACUUACGUAGAUUGCAACGAUGAUGGAGCCGAGUUCCUUGAAGCGUCCAUCGAUAGCACACUCUUGGGUUUCCUCCAAAAGUCACAACAUGAGGAUCUUGACCAGCUCUUUCCAUAUGGCCGAAUAUGGAACCAAUGGAACCAAAGAAGUGAUGGGGUUCAAGAUGACCAAGUUAUCCCUCUAGCGGUUCAAUGCAACCAUUUUACAUGUGGAGGUUUAGCUGUGGCUGCAUCUUUUUCUCAUAAGAUAGCGGAUGCAAGUAGUUUGAUUCAUUUUACAAACGAUUGGGCUAGAAAAACACGACAAAAAGAUGAAUCACUCGUUGAUAACGAGCCACACUUUAUUCAAUUCAAUAACACAAACAUAAAUUUUUCCGAAUUUUUGCUUGACAGAUCAAAUGAUUAUGUCACAAGGAGUAUUAUAUUCCCAAACUCCAAAAUAAACAAGCUUAAACACAAAGUGAUAACCAUGACCACAGAAUCCGGAAAACCAAUCCUUAACCCAACUCGUGUAGAUGUUUUGACAUGGCUACUUUAUAAAUGCGCAGUGAAAGCUGCUACCAAAAAUAACUUAGGCCAUUUCGAGCCCACGGCUCUUGCUCAUCCAAUAAACAUAAGAGGCAAAAUGAUAGAACCAUUGCCAGACAAUAGUGUAGGAAAUAUUCUUCUCACAAUGGACAUUCAAACAAAAAAUGAAGGUGAAAUGAAGCCGGAUUUGAUCAUCGGUGAGCUCCAACAACAUAAGAUGCAAAUCCGGGCUAUAAAAAAUAUUGAAUCCGCCUUCGCUCAUCUUCAGAACGUCAUUUCAGAAGCUGAUUUUGAAGAGCAGAUCUUGAAAAGAUUUAGAAAUGCUUAUAUAUGUUCAAGCUUAUGUAGAUCUUCUAUAUAUAGUAUCGAUUUUGGGUGGGGAAAACCUAUAAAAGCGACUCUUGGUGGAAAUCUAACAAAGAAUAGCUUUGUUCUUAUGGAUACCCCCAACAAUGAAGGUAUUGAAGCACUUGUGUGUUUGGGAAAACAAGACAUGGAGGUUUUUGAAAGGGACCAUGAGUUACUUUCCUUUUGUUAA